GAAAACCCUCCACCUCUAAAAACAACAAAAACAGAAAUUCACAAUGGAUCAAACGCGCAGUAUAUAUAGCAAGCAGUCCAAGGAUGUCGAGUUUCAGGACGUUUUCUACACAGUGGAUAGGCGCACAAGUUUCUUCCGCUUCGCUGGGCAGCAGCAAAUCUUGAAAGGUGUAAGCGGCAGCUUCCGCAAUGGACAACUAUCGGCUAUAAUGGGCCCCUCGGGGGCAGGAAAAAGCAGUUUGUUGAAUGCGAUAUCGGGUUUCAGAACAACUGGCGUCAAAGGCAACAUCAAAAUGAGACGAGAUAAUGCCUGUUAUAUAACGCAGGACGAUCACCACCAGACACUGCUCACGGUCGAGGAGCUAAUGAAUCUCUCAUGUGACCUGAAACUGAAGCAGCGCCACAAAAAGGAGGAGAUGCUUACGGAAAUACUCAAGAAUCUGAAUCUCAAUCAUCGCCGCAACGUCACCGCCGAAAAGCUGAGCGGCGGCGAGAGGAAGCGGCUGUCCAUUGCGCUCGAGCUGGUCGACAAUCCGAACAUCUUCUUUCUCGACGAGCCGACCAGCGGGCUGGACGAGGUGACGGCGGCGCAGUGCAUCCGUCUGCUGAAGGCCAUGGCACAGGAGGGUCGCACCAUUGUCUGCACCAUCCAUCAGCCCUCGGCCACCAUCUACAACUACUUCGAUAGCAUCUAUGUGCUGGCCAAGGGCCAAUGCGUCUUCCAGGGCACUCCGCAGGCCACGAUACCCUUUCUGCGUCUGGCACAGAUUGACUGCCCAAGGCACUACAGCCCCUCGGAUUACAUCAUUGAGGUAAUUGAUGCUGAGGAAGGACAUAUGGUUCCGUUGCUGAGUGAGCUGACGGAAAACGGCAAGCUCACUUAUCACACCAAGCACCCGGACUUGCCUCUGGAGCCAAUGCAGGCCAUCACAACGCUGUUCGUGGAGCAGCCGAAGCGUCAAUUCUUGCCCGCAUUCUUCGCCGGCUCAGCUGCAUCCACAGAUGGCACAUUGAUGGGCGCUGCAGGCGCUCUGCUCGAGCAGGUGAAGGUCUUCUCGCAGCAUCUGCAGACAGAGCGUCGCGACAUCUCUGGGGUGCAGCAGUUUCUGGUGCUGAUGCGCGUCAUGCUGCUGCGCACCAUGCGUGCCCGGCUAGCAUUGGCCAUACAGCUGCUCCAUCACACGCUGUGUGGCCUGUUCUUUGGCUUAAUCUUCUUCCAGCUGGGCAAUCAGGGCGGACGCAUGUUCGAUCACUUGAAGUUCUGCAUUGGCGCUGUGCUCAUGAUCGUCUACACCCAGGUGAUGGUGCCCAUACUCAGCUAUCCCGCAGAAGUUAAGGUAGUCAAAAAGGAGACCUUCAACCGAUGGUAUUCGCUCAUGCCGUACUAUAUGGCGUUAAGUGUUUCUCGGCUGCCGCUGCAGGUGCUUCUGAAUCUUACCUUCAUGGCCAUGACUUAUUGGAUGUCCGGACUGCCCGAGCAGAUGUGGCGCUUCUGUAUUUUUGUGGCCGUCGGACUGAUGAUCUCCCUCGUGGCGGAGGGCAUGGGCCUGGCAAUUGGCGCUACCUUCAGUAUAACGAAUGGCAGCGUGGUGGGUCCAAUGAUUAUAGCACCGCUCAUGGGUCUGGCUAUUUAUGGAUUUGAUUUUGCCUCUCAAAUUCCUGGAGCCAUGAAUGUCCUCAUGAAGUUUAGUUAUGUGCGUGUAGGCGUGGUAGCCCUAAUAUUGGCCGUGUUUGGUUUCCAGCGUGAGGAACUGGACUGCGAUGAGAUCUACUGCCACUUCAGUGAUCCCCGAGUGCUGUUGAAAUUCCUGGACGUCGACAAGGUAUCGAUACUUCAUCAGUUCGGGCUGCUGGCUAUGCUGAUGAUCUUCUUCCGUGUGAUUGUGUACAUCAGCUUGCGAAAGCGCUGCUACACAUGAGCAGCAGCUAUAUAUAAUAUCUAUAUAUGUAUAUAUAGUUAUAGAAAAACGUCUAUGCUGUGAUUUGGUCUUAUACACCCACACGUAGUGCAGGUGUUUAACUAGUAAUAGAAACUUAACUUACAGUUGUACAUACUUCAAACUGUUAAAUGUAUUUUGUGCUCAGUUGAUUGCCCCUUGUAAACCCUAAUGUAAGUCGGUGCUUAGAUACCCACUAAUAAUGUAAAUAUGUCACAAAUAUAUCUAAUAUAGGUAAUAUAUGUUGACAAACGCACUUUAAUGCCUUUUAUAUAAGAUUAAUUGUUUGUAAGAGUUCUGGUAAUAGUGACGUACAUUUAUAAGAGAAAUUAUAUUUU